ACGAAAACUUUUAUUAUAUUAAUAUAUUAGCACUUUUUUUUAUUUUAACUAUUAAAAAUAAUUAUCAAACAAACACAGUAAAGCGAUGUGAUGUUUGUGCCGUCGUGACUAUAUGCUGUGGUUUUUACUUAUGUCUGUCUUUAACUUAAUGAACGGAAUCUAGAGUUUGAUAGUCAAAAAAAAAUUUUAAUGAUUAAUAACUUUUUUUUCGGUGGAUAUACGGUAUGCAUGGGUUGAUAUUUCAAUGAUAUUUUUCUUGGGGUCCAAUUUUUGUCCAAUAUUUAUAUUUAAAAGUUCCAAAAUGAGUUCUGUAUGGCAAAGAUUGAAACGUGUGAAUAAAAAGGCUUCAAAAUUUAACUUUAUUGCAUCAUUUCAAGAGGUUAUAGUUGAAACUGCUUCAAAUUGGUCUCCCUCUCAAUUGUGUGUAGUUUGGACUAGAAAAAGCCGCAGACACGCGACUGCUGCACUUCAAUGGGAACCAAUGCUCUCUAAUCCUUGUAAAGGUUCAAUUGUGUGGCCUAUUCCUGAAAACAAAACUGUCACUGUCACAUUGUUUUCUGACCAAAGAAGUGGUGAAUUUGAGGAUAAAAAUUGGACUUUUAUACUUGAAGAUGUAUCUAAACCAGGCCGAUCACUAGCAUCAGCCAAAAUAAACAUGGCACUGUAUGCAAAUGUAUUUCCACAGCCAAUUAAAGUUAAAUUGAAGCCUACAUCAAAAGUUGUUAUUGAAGCAGUUUUAAAACUCACAAUAUCCUCUGAAUUUAUUAAAGAAGGCCGUGCAACUGAUGAAGACAUGAUAAGUUUGGCUAGUUUAAUGAAUGAAAGCACUUGUUCAAUUGACGUUGGAAAUCUCAGUGAUUUUAAUAAAGAAGAAGAGACUACUCUUGAAAUAGUUAAUCUUGUUUCACAAUUGGAAUUAUUAACUCAAGGAACAGACAUCAAAAAUGAAUUAACUUCUGAAAUUGAUGAUCAAACUGUGAUUGAUGAACAAAGUGCUCUUAACUUUCCUCCGAAUGAUAAUGCACAGCUAAUUAUUGAAGAACCUCAAACAGAACCUAUAAGGACUCAUUGUGACGAAGUUAAUGAUCUUUUGGCUUGGUGUAAAAGUGUUACAAAAGACUAUAAUGGAAUCAUCAUAACAAAUUUCACUACUUCUUGGAGAAACGGCCUAGCAUUUUGUGCUGUGAUCCAUCACUUUGCACCAGCAUUGAUUGAUUUUGAAUCUUUGAAUCCUCAUAAUAUUAAAGAAAAUUGUGAAAAGGCUUUCAAUGCUGCUGCAUCUCUUGGUAUUCCUAACGUAAUCAAUCCGGGUGAUAUGGUCGCAUUAGCUGUACCAGAUAAGUUGUCAGUUAUGACUUAUUUAUACCAAAUGAAGGCUUAUUUUACUACUUCAAAGGAUUUUCCAUCAACAUAUAAAAAAUUGAGUGCAAAUCUAAUGUUACAAGUGAAAGAUGCUGAAGAAAAUAAAGAAUUAAUACCUCUAUAUGGUUCCAAAGAAAAACUGAAUACAAAUCUAAAAUUAAAAGUGAAAAAUUUUGAAAAAAAUAACGAAUCAAUUUCUUUACAUGGUGCCAAAGAAAAAAUAAACAUAAAUGAAAUGUUAGAAGUGAAAGAUGCUAAAGAAAAUAAAGAAUCUCUUCCAUUUCAUGGAUCCAUAGAAAAACUAAAUACAGACAUAAUGUUAAAUGUAAAAGAUACUAACAAAAAUAAAGAAUCUGUUCCAUUUUAUGGUUCCAAAGAAAAACUUAAUAAAAAUCUAAUGUUAUCCUUAGAAAUGAAAAAUGUGAAGGAAAAUAAAGACUUAACUCCUUUAUAUGUUUCCAAAAAUAAAAAGAAACGGGGGUGGUCAUUACCUAUCCCAAAUUUCAUGUCUAACAAUACAUUAAAAAAUAUUCAUAUUUUUGAAAAGCCAAAUGUAAAACCCAUUAAUUCGAAUAUAGUACCAGCAGAAUGUAAUAGUAAAAUUGCUAAUGUAAAACCUGUGCCAAUAUUAAUGACCAGAAAACAGCUUUUAAAUCCAUUUGAUUCUUCUGAUAGUGACGAAGAUGAGGAAUCUUUAGCACUAAAAUCCUCUGCCAAACAAUUUACAAAUGAAUCUGUUGAUAAUUUAGAACCUAUAAUUGCUGAUGAAAUUGUUGACAUAGAGAAAACAGAAAGUUUAGUUAAAACUAAUUUAUCAGAUGACGAAGUUCCACAAAUUCUGGAUCUUUCACCAUCUAAGGAAUUUUCUCAAAAAAACUACUUCAAUGAAGCUAAGGAUUCUCAGAAAGAAGUUUCAAAAGAAAGGGUCAAGUCUUUUCUAGAAAUGACUAGAAAUGAUGUAUUGGCAAACAAUAGUAAUAAGGUGGAACAUGCAAGGCAUUUGAUGUUAAAGGCAAAAGCACGAAAAUUAAUAGAAGAUGCACGUAAGGGCAUCGCACCUGACUUAAAUGCCCUUGAUGCAUCAUUCAUAGCUCCACAAGAUCUACCUGAAACAAUGAACUGUUUUAUUGAUAAUAAUCAAUUGCUAUCCGACAAUACUGAUAGUAAAGAAUCAUGUCUGGACUACAGAAAAAUUUUACAAGAAACAAAAAAUGAAAACCUUAGGCAUGAGGUUGACGCAGGCUAUUACAUUGAUGAAGAAAUAAAAGCAAUUGAAGAUAAACAUAAGAGUUUGGACAAAAUAGCAUCAGAAAUUGAAAAAAAUGUUCGAGCUGCUAUGAAAGAUAACAAAGAUGUUUUAGAAGAUCAACUUUUAAAAAUGUGGUUUACAUCAAUCAAUGAAAAAAAUUCUCUUUUGCGUCGUCAAACUCAACUACAAAUUCAAAAAAAAGAAUAUGAAUUGCAGAAACGCUGUGAAUUUUUAACUGAAGAACUAAGAAGAUUGACUUCUAAAAGUGAUAAACAAAAAUCUCAUACACAAAAGGCCCGUGAACAAUUUUUAAUGGAACAGUUAUUGAUACUCAUUAAUGAGCGAGAUGAACUUGUUCAUGAUUUGCAUUUACAAGAACAAGGGAUUGAUGAUGAUCAAGAAGCAGCUGCUGGUACACGUGUUGCAAACCUUCGUUUAGAGGCUUCUCAACAUCGACUUUGUAUUCUUCAGUGAAUUUAUUAUAUAUUCAUUUACUCUUUUUAUAUUUUCUUUAUAUAUAUAUAUACACACGCAAAUAAACAUAAAUAUUGACUAUAAAAUUCUUGUAUUAAUAAUGUCAACAAUCAUCCUGUGUUGAAAUAUAUCUGUUUGUAUAGUGUUCGCUACCUAAUAGAGACUAUAAGAAAUUAAUUUCACUUAACUAAAAUUUGUUUUUCUGCCUCUUCAUCUAGCCAUCUUAAAUCUGAAGUUGAAUUUAAAUUAGAAAAUUUUUGUAUUUUUAAGUAUCAUAGACAUUGAAAUUAUUAGCUAAAGAGUGACCAAUGUUAAAUUAAUUAGAAUUAGUUUAUUUUCCUUUGCACUUAAUAUGAUUGGGAAAUUUUUUCAUUUAAAUCUUUAACCUAACGUUAUUAUACUAGCAAAACAAAAUCGUUUUGUUUCAGCCUACAGUUAUAUAUAUCUCUGUUUCAAUAAUAUUGAGGGGAACACCUAUUGAAAUCAAACCAAAAAGGUCUUUUAGGUCUAUAGCCAUGGAAUUGGGUAUAAACCAAAAACUUCUCCAUAGAAAAGGAUUUGCUUUGUGUAAAGUUAAAAUAACUACACCCUAAUAGCUUCUUUUUCUGUAGCUCUACAGCCUGUUGCAGGCCAAAGUUGUCUCCAAAAGUUUCUUCUGUCAGGAAUCAUGGUAAAAAAAAGAAAGGUUGAAAAAGAUGAUCAGAUUUUCAUGAAGUAAGGGCCAAUGUAAGUGAGUCAAAAGGAUCAUAUUGAAUAUGCUAAUUUAAUUAGUGCAGACAAUAUUUUUAGUUGUGAAAUUGGGUGCAAAAUAUGGACUUAGUCUGAAAAAGCAUACCUUUCUUUUAAAAAAUUAAGAUUUUUGUUUAUCAAAAUAUUGGAGGGUAGUCACAAUCUGGAUAAUAUGGUCACAAUAGUUUAAUCAGGAGACGAAAAUUUUGGUCUCUUAAUAUUAGUUCAAUUUUUGCAUAUUUCACCAUAUCUUAGGAAGAUUUCAAGCGAAUCAAAAAAUUUUGCAUACCAUUGUAAAAUUCGUUUAUCCAAAGAUAAUUCCAGGUGAAAAAUAAUUUUUUGUAAGAAUUUGUAAUUGUCCUGAUACAAAUUUUUCUGUCCUUAGUUGUCUUGAUUUUUAACAGUUUCAGCUAAUAUUCUGUUUUUUCUUUUUGUUUGUUUCAGGGCAUACAAUUUUAAUGAACAUGUAAUUUUAAAGGAACUAUUUGAAUUUUUUUAACUUUCUUGCAUUAGAAAAAAAAUACGUUAAACUAAACCUAUCAACCAGUAUUCAAAAAGUGAAGUCCAAAAUGUGUUUCAAUUGAAAAGGAGUAAGCGUAAGAAACAGAACCCCUCUUUAGCGUUCCAGUUUCUUCAGAGAAACAAAUUAUUGCUGAAUCAGUAUUGGAACAAAUAUUUUAAUUAAACCCACCCUUUUUACAGAAGUGUUUACAAUACUUAUCAUUUUAUACCGUCUGACAGUAACAGGCACUUGACCCCAAAGUCAUGCACAGCAGGUGUCUCGCACAUAGGUAUUCAGGAAGAGUAAAGUUUUAAAGGAAAUGAAAGCACUUUUACACAUUACAGUUUCAUUUUUUUUACUAAUAUAGGAGCCUCACUAUGCACCUGCUGAACUCCAAAAUAUGCCUGAUAUGAAAGUUAAGUACUGCUGUGAGUAUUGUAUUGUAAAUUUUUACCUGUUAUAAAUGAACUAUUAUUUUGUACCUAAAAUGAUAUGUGAUUAUUAAAGUUGCUUAAGGGGCUUUUCUUUUACUUGC